CUGCACCGAAAGAGCCUUCUUUUACAGGAGCAGACAAUGAAGUUUUCGAUCCGAUUCUCAAUCUUACUGGUUGUGCUGGGAAUUAUCUACUUUUGGAUGAAGAUGGUGAUGAUGGCGCAGCGCCGGCAGGUGAUGACUGGGCAGACAGCAGGACUCAGAGAAGAACCGAGGAGGACAUCCGUAACCUUAGACUCCUUCCUUCAUGUCCAACAACUAAGGAAGAGGCAACUAAGACAUUUCUGUAACCGGUUUCCACAUUUGCGAGCUUUGACCGCAUCGGGCUCAGCAGAACAUCUUCUGUCCAGCAUGACUGUAAGCCACAAGCUCAUGACGCUUUACUGCAAACCAGCCGAUGUGACCAUUGAUGGUUGGGAAGAGCUUGUACAAGCUGCGGAGAGAAGAUCUGAUGUUACACUAAGGAACCCCCUACCUGUAGAUGACAAUGACACAGUUCCAGACCAGUUGGCCAAGUACAACCCAACCAUGCUGGCCAAAAUGCUUCGGACUUACUCCAAGGUUCUCUUUGUUGUGGAUCCAUAUGAAAGGCUCAUAACCACCUACAUGCAAGGCAACGCUGGAGAGGUCUCCUUCGAAGAGUUCAUUGAGGACAUUCUCUCGACAGAGGCCAGUGAGGAGGGCAUCUCAUCCAGCUCUGUCAUCAGUUUGUGCUACCCUUGCUUUGUCCGAUAUGACUACAUAGUGCUGCUCGAUUUCCUCCAGGUGGAACUACCUCAUCUACUGAGGAGAAUCGGUUUGCCAGAGUCGGUGAAGCCGCCGCCACCAAUAGACCGGAAGAUCAAGAUGACAUCAAAGUGGCUCUUGGAAAACUUGCUCCGUGGUCUCGACCAGGAACAGCUCGAGCAGCUCUCUAAGCUCUACUCUUGGGACUUUGCUGCUUUCCCAUUAGUUGGGAACAGGACAAUGCACCAAAUUGUGUCGCAAUCAUAAUCAGGAUUUUUUUGUGAUGUCGUUUUUUGAUAGCCAUUUUUUUUCUCCAUAAUGGUUUUAUCCAUAAUCAUAUCACUAGGGGGUGAAUACUUUUGCUACCCCCUUUUUAUUGCUCCAGUGGAUCUCAAAUGAAAAUUGAACACAUCUGGCAGAUAGUUCUGAUGAACCUUACACUUCUAGUCUCUGUAGAUUAUCAAGAGGAGGGAGAGGAGUAACAUAUGACUGCAGGAUCAGACUAAUUGGGGUUUGUCAUUGGUUUGUAGUGUGCAAUCAUCGAAACAUAUAGAUCUGUAUAGCAGAAGCAUACACAAUACGGUAAGAUUUUUUUCUAAUCUAGAAGAAAUGCGCAGUUGCUUCAGAUACAUUGUAACAAUUAAACAAUGGUUUUCAAGGUGUAUAGAGAACUCAACAUUAAAUCAAAGGGCAGGGAGCUCCCCCUGGUGGUGGCUGCAAACAGACAGAAGUUUAUCAUUUUAACUUUGUGGCAGCAGGAGAUUUGGAGCUCUGUUUCAGAAAAGUGAAACUAUAUUAGAAAAUCUGUAAUAAAAUGUUGCACCUAGCUGGAAAUACCCUUUGUACCCUUGGAGUUGUGCGGUACAUGGUAGAAUGAUGUGUCAGGGCUUUCUCACCUGUACUGUACAAAUGAGUCUGUGUCACAUGAGAGCAUAGCUGAGGUGUGACUGAUGCAUAAACAACCCAGGUACAAGCAUGACUCAUAAGUGUGCGAUAUAUUGACGAUGUAAUACAUGGGUUAUGGAUGUGACUCCAGAUUAAGGUGUCGGUGAGUAAUUUGCCUGUCUUCAGGUCAGUGGCACACUGGAGUAGGGUUAUCAUCAGCACUAGGUACACCCAUGCAGGUGCCAGGACCCAAUGUGAUUAGGGGUGAGCAUGUUCUGUUUGCCAAGCUGAAACCAAAGCUCAUUGGCGCCCCCUGGUUACCGGACUGACCAUUAAACAGGACAUUUCACUGCAUCACAUCACCCUAUGACACCAUGUCUACCUAGUAAUUACCAUUGUGUCCUUGCACCUACUAAGUUGAGUUCAUCAUUAGGGUCCAUUCAUAUGACCGUGUCUGUUUCGUGUGCACACCAACCACAUCGCGGUGCAAAACUAUUGACUUCAAUGGGACCACGAUCAGCAAGAUGCAGCAAAGAAUAGGACAUGGCUCAUCCUUUGCUGCGCAGCCGCACAAGCCCAACAGCACAUGUCCGCAAAACAGACACAGUCGUGUAAACUGACCGUUGCACUGUAUUUUUUUUAGAGGUUAGUGGUAUCAAGCUGAUCUUCCAGCCGCCUGUAGCACUUUCCCUGUUUGAAGGCUCUCUGUAAAUGUUUAGAGACCUCCUCAGUCACCAAACAAUGUGCUUAGACUAAUACCGUGUAUAGAAGACAGGAGGAGGGGAGAGGAGGGGAGAGGAGGGAGAUGCAGCUGCAAUUUCCCUUUUUCUGUCUCUGAGACUGCAUGCUGUGAGAGGGGAGAAGGCGCACCCGGGAGGAGACAUCUGAUUGUCUCAGAGUAGAAUGAAUGACACACCUCUUUAGAGCUGCCUAUGGAGUCAUUGUGACUUUGAAGGGGUACCCGAUCUCAUAAAGGGUGGCAUAUCGCCAGGAAAACGCUCUUCAUC